AUGGUCAACAAUUGCAGCCAGUCUGGCAAGAAAGGGAAGAAUAUUCCAAGCAAUACCAACGGUGAAUCGCAACCCGCCGUCGAAAAGACCUCAUACAGCCCUCAGAAUCUUUCUGAGAAAGUCAACGAUAGUAUACCAGCUCCCAGCGUUUUUGAUGACGAGCCAUCUACCCGUUAUGACCCUCCUCAUGCGGCGACGAGACCUUGGAUCAAGCAAAUGUCAAUUUCAAAAAGCCUUCCUUUAUGUGACCAUCAAAAAGCAACGGAAUCCUUGGUAACGGGCCUGAAGCCUCCAGAUACUGUUAAGGCCUGGUUAAGACAGACAAUGUUGCCCAAAGACUGGAGCGUGAAUACUCAUCUUUGCGAAAUAAUUGAAGGCGUUUACGCUGAAAGCCCAACAGAGUCACCAAACAUUGAUCUUAAUGUCGUUGACUGCAACUGGAGAGAGCUUAGAGACGGUAGGAAAAUAAAGAUAAGAUGGUUGCUGAAGCCCGUUACAUUGGGAGUUCUGCUUGAUGCGAACGAACAACUCCCCGACAAUUCUACCUCUGUGGUCCAUACAGGAACUGUAAUAAAACAUGUUGGGUAUAUUAUUGACAAACCUAUUCGUUUCGUCAAUACUACUGAGCCUGUCAUAUUCCUCUCAACCCCAUCCCUCACUGUGCCAGAAAAGGCAGCGAAAGACAGACAGACUUUGGAGACCAGUUUUAGAACACUCCUCCAGUUCCUAUAUGGAUCUGGUUUCAGCAUUGACUCGGACCGGAAUGUUGGGGUUCCAGCCUUGCAGCGCCCCCAGAGCGACCUGGUGAACGCACUCAAGGUGCCAGAAACAGGCUUUCUUUUGAUAGGCAGCGAAACUCUCAUAAACUUCUCUACAGAGUCUUGGAAAAACUUGGUGUCAUCAAACAUCAGGUUUAGGUGGCAUAUCCAAAGCACCGAAGACACCGAGAACGACCACUAUGAAGUUAAAGUGUUGAAGAAUACGCAAACAUUGGAGUCUACAAUCACCAUUGGAAAGACAUGUGAUUAUGAGACUUUCAUGAAGAAAGCUGAGGAGGCGCUUGACAUCGGAGUUGGGCUUGAGAUGUAUGUGCUAAUUAAGGAACAUAAAGUCCCUAUCGAUGAAGAAACCUGGACAGAGUAUACGCGCUCAGGGGAGGUUGGGAGGCAUGUAUUCCACUUUGAUGACAGUCUGAGGAGCCUCUGGGAGCAAGGUAUUCGUCAACCUGAUGAUGCGCUCCAGGUAAAACAACAAGCCAAUGUGUUGCCUCUUAUACCAGGUAAGGACAUCAGCGACAGCAUGUCCGAAACUUCACAAGAGCCCCCUUCGUCAGGAGACCUUACUUCACCAUCAAAGCCACUUGUUGAACUUACGGGCAUCGACGACUACGAAGGUCCGGGAAACCCGUCUUCAGCGUCAUCGACAUUUUCAUCGCCAGGUACCCUUUCUGAGGGUAGUUUCGUACCUUUCUUAUUUUGGAAGUCUCCAAAAAUCAAUCCCCAAAUGCGAUCCAGCCAAGAGAUGACUGAGGGUAUUUAUCUUUUAGACAGGCUACGGUCAAUGCAAUUUGAAGAACCUAUUGGUAGGCUAGAGUCUGUCGCUCAAUGCACUAGAAGAGACUUCGAGUUGAAAUGCAAGAUUGCCAAGGACAACCUCGAGAAAACCACAUCGGCUACUGCAAGCGAUACGGCUCAUCACGAAGAUCCACAGACUUGCAAUACCCAACGUGACUAUUCUCAGUAUUCCUCAGAUACACAGAUUCUUGAGCAGCUAUUGCAAGUUUCGAAUCAUUUCAGAGGGACACUAGAUGCGCUUGUCAGACAAGUCAGCCUGGCUUCAGUGCCGGUCUAUGAGUUCGAAAAUCCGAGAUGGCUCUCUAUUUCACCAUUUCUCAGUAUAGCAGCACCUGAUCACAAAUUCAGCUUUCGAUGGAAGAAACUCCUACCUGAGGGGUGUAGCGAUUGUGGGCGAGUCUACCAGAGAGUCGAACAAGAUGAGAUUAUCUACGACCCUUGUUUGGGAUGGCUUCAGUGGGGGGUUUCUGAACCACAACUCGACGAAUCAUAUACUUCUAUUGUAAGACAAUUGUCAGAGGACCUUCUUGACAUUUGGACGAUGGCACACGAGAUCCAUACUUUGGCUUUGGGAAAGAAUUUGUUUCUCCUCCAAAGCCUUAUGGACACAUUCGAGCACAUCGUCAUCAAGAUUGCACUCGCAGCUGAAGAGCUUGCGCAAAUGAAUCAAGUCCGCUUGAGACUCCCUGAAACAAGUGUCGUUAUGGCUGAUAUAGGCCAUGAUGGCCGUGAUCGAUUGAAUAUUUCAACCAUCAACCCAGAAGUCUUGGUUACCAUACUUUUGAACAAUCUUCACCGCGACACAAUCGUCCAAGGAACAAGAAAGAAAUUGGACAUCGUCAAGCAUUACCAGCGGGUGUCUAACGCCCUUCGCUCUGCGGCAAUUCGAAAUCCAGCCAGAAAGCGAUUUCUAGAGAUAUCAAGGCUUGAAGAGGAGUUGGAGGCUCUUCAGGCUGUACUUCAGGUUCAAGAAUGCACACUCGAGAGAUACAAAGUUGCAAUCAACCCUGUCGGAUUGAAGUCCGACCCAACAAGCCUGGCGUAUUUGCAGGAUCGAAAAGAUAUAUAUCAUUUGGAAGAGCGUUAUCUUAACUCACAGAUCAAAAGGCUGGCUGACGAUAGAGAGACUCUGGAAAUGCUGCGAAACGUUGCUAAUAAGGCAAGAAAGGACAUGAGACAGGUUCUGGAAGUUCUUGAUGAAGGUCAUGGGAAAGCGAUACGAGUCUUUACCUUUGUUACACUGUUCUUCCUCCCACUUUCCUUCGUCACGAGCUUUUUCGGUAUGAACACAACAGACGUGAGAGACAUUGAGUGGAACCAGAAGAUCUUUUGGUCUUCUGCGAUACCAUUAACGCUAGCCGUUCUCAGCAUCGCCCUUCUAUACGGCUACAAGUGGGACCUAAUAAGCUCUCGAGUCCGCAACGCAUGUAGGUCAAGGCAAGAACCCGGACUUCAUGCUAUCUGUCAAGAGGAUCUUGAGUCCUAG